GCGGACCGAUAAUAGUUGAGAUUAUUAUUUUCAAUUUUUCCAAUUUAAUUCUUAAAAAUUCAUUUUCUCGAAGCAGAACUCUCAAGUCAUCGAAAAUUGUGUCUACAUACGACAUUCCUGAAUCUCCUCGUAAACCGGUCACCAAUUAACAGCUUCCCGGACUCCCGGAGCCUCUGUCUCAAGCGGAGACCAUUCCGCUUGGACUGACUUAAUCCUAGCUUUAAUAAAGCGUCUGUCACAGUCUCUGGCUAACCACCCCAUGCUCUCCGGCCAUUGCCGUCACCGAUUGCAGCAUCAACGUUAAUUUUUACUCAAUCCGCUGCUGGUUUCUUCCACUUUUCAACCCCUGGAUUAGCACAUGGGAAUUUGCCUUCUGUCCCUUCACUUGUGCAGCCCUCCAUCCUGAAAGUAGGGCUUCUGCAGAAUGUUUCACAGCCAUAGCAGACCCACAACUUCCUUUCCAAACAGCAGCAUUUCUAUUUUUUUUUCCAUAAACUCCAUUACAACAUAAUGAAUUUACACCGUCCCUCCACAGAUAGCUUACUGAAAACGUCCUUCACCCACAAUAGCAGUCUCGGCCACACUUCUGGAAUGGACAUCCCAAAAUUACUCCAGACUUCCUGCGCUAUUGAGCACUCCCAAAACAGGUAAUAAUCUUCUUUACUCUAGGAGUAUUCCACUGUCUGCCGGUCUCAGAGAGUACUGCAGCAACGUUCAUGUCUGCUACUCCUGCGGGUCUAGGUGAUUGUACUUUUCCAGACUCUGAUAUUGGCAACCAUGCGUCCUCGCAUACUGAAAUACUCUGCCCAUUGCCUACCCUGCGAUGAGUCCCCUCAUUAACAAGUUUCUGGGCCGCUAAAAUACUUCACCAAAUAAACUACGAGUUCGGCCCCAACCUUGCCUCUCCAAAGGAUGUAUCUGGAUAAUACUUGGCUUGGAAAACUUGACUAACCUGUGUUUUUGGUUCUGUCAUUAACUUCCAUGCUUGCUUGCCGAACAUCGAAAUGUUGAGUUCUUUCAAUGUUCUGAAUCCCAACCCUCCCUUAGCCUUUGGUAAACACAUAGUGUUGACAUGAAGAAGGAAAAGUGGUCAACCAUACUUUUGUGACCAGAAACUAUGAGCUAAUGAUUGUGGCAGUUGACAAAUUCAAAAUUUGAAAAUAUAGCUGUUGGAGAUUUGAGACAAUCUCUCUUGUCUUUAUCAUUAUUCUUGUAAGUUUAAAUAGACAAUUCUUGUAAUAGAUUUAGCAUAAGGGAGAAAUAAACUCCUCUCCACUAUUCUCUUCUCUCUCAAAACUCUCUUUCUCUCAUCCUAGAUUUCACAAUCUAUCUAAACUAGUUACUAUUUCUUCAUUCUAAACUCCUAACACUCAAAUUCUGACAUGGUAUCAGAGAUUACAAGCUCUUGAAACCUUUAUUGUCUUCCGCGAUUCACUCUGUUUCAUCUCGUUUAUCAAACCUUUUCUUAGAUACACUGUAUUACCCACUGCUUUAUAGCUCUUCAAGAUGGAGAACUCUAAGAUGGUGACGAUUCCAGUGACCCUAAAGGCAGUAAACUAUCUGUUGUGGUCCAGAAUGGUCAAAACCGCACUUGGAGGAAGGGGUCUAUGGAACCAUGUUUCUAUUGAUGAAGUCCCUAAGAAAACCAUCCAAGAGAAAGAUGGUGUUGAAAUGGUCUUGGCAGAUGAUGAGAAAUGGGGUCAAGAGGAUCUCAUGGUGUUGUCCAUCAUCCAAAACAGCCUUGAACCAUCUAUUUUGGAAGCUUAUUGUUACUGUGAGAGCUCUAAAGAGUUGUGGGAUACACUUUAGAAGGUGUAUGGAAACCUAUCUAACUUGAGCCGUGUGUAUGAAGUCAAGAAGUCGAUUAACACACUUAACCAAGAGGACACAGACUUUCCUCACCAUUUUGGCAAGUUCAGGAAUCUUUGGGCUGAGCUUGAGAUGCUGAGACCAAGUACUGUCGAUCCCAAAGUGUUAAAUGAGAGGCGUGAGCAGGAUAAAGUAUUUGCUUUGCUUUUCACCUUAAACUCGAGGUACAAUGAUCUCAUUAAAUACAUUUUGAGGGCUGAGAAACUACCAUCACUUGAAGAGGUGUGUGCUCAAAUCCAGAAGGAACAAGGCUCUCAAGGUCUCUUUGGAGGAAAAGGUGAACUCAUGAUGGCAAACAAGGCUGAAGGAGCAGGAGCAGUAGCUAAUAAAGGGGUUUACAAACCAAAGGAGAGGAUGAUGUGGAUCAGUGACCAUUGCAAGAAGAAGGGGCACAUGAAGGACAAAUGUUGGAUACUGCAUCCUCACCUCAAGCCUCACAAGUUCAGGGAGCCAAGGUCACAGUUCACGGGCGCAAGAGCUCAUUUCUCAGGAAACAUGGGCGAACCAACUACUCCAUCGGUAUGCUCAUCCAUGUUCUCCAAUACUACUGGAGAAGGUAGGUCUGUGGCAUCAAGCUUCCACUCCACCUCGAGAACAACUAAAGAUGAGACCAUCAAGAGGUCAGAUCUGGAUGCUUUCAUCAAAGCUCUCAAGGAGAACUCUAGUAACACUCUUGGUAUUUCAUUAAGUGCAUCUACCAUUGCUCGGCCUUUAAUUAUUGAUUCAGGAGCUUCACACCAUAUGAUUAGUGACUCUAGUAUGAUAAGUAAUGUAGAACCUACCUUAGGUAAUGUUAUGAUCGCAAAUGGUGACAAAAUACCAAUAAAAGGAUUAGGAACUCUUAAGUUGUUUGAUAAGGUGUCUGAAGCAUUUUAUAUGCGAACCUUUGCAUCCAACUUGCUAUCUGUUAAAAGGGCUGCUACUGAUCUAAAUUGCAAAGUUAUUUUCAGUCCUAAUGAUGUUCAUUUCAGGAUAUUGAGAUUAGUAGACUGAUUGGCAAAGGUGUGAC